GUCAAAAAAUAGAUUUCUCUGAUCAUGGGAUUGUUACAGAAACGAUGAGAAUUCGAACAAAAUGAAUCAAGAGAGAAGUUCGAGAGAAAUCUUCCUCGAACUCAUCAAUCAACGAUUAUGUCAAGGAUUUCAAAUAAUUAAACAAAUGAAGAGGAAACGAAACCACAACAGCACAGGAAGCUCCAUGACAAUCGUCAGUCCAAACUUAAGUGAAGUUUCCUUUCGUUCUUUCACAGGAACCAGUCCUUUGUCUGCUCGAGGAAUGAUGGAUACAGAUGGUUAUGCUGACUCAUACAUGCUUAGUCAUGGUCGGCAAUAUCAUCAAUUAACUUUGUCCAAAGACAAGGAAAAAAUCAAUGUUACCAUUUACAAACCAAGACACCCAUUCACCACAGUUACUGUGCCAUACACGUACAUGUUGUGGCCAAAAACAAGAGAUAAAUUCCAAACUUCUCAAAUCUCGUUCUCGCACACAAAACUACCAGAUUUUUAUUGGAAUCAUCUGGAUGUUUAUGUUUGUAAUCCAGAUGAAAAUGACUUCCAAUUAUCAUCGAAUGUCAACUAUUGGCAGUCCAACUUUAUAUUGUUGCCAACUCCAUCGAAACGUUUAAAUAUUUUAAAACAAGCAAACAAACAAAAUGAUGGUGAAUGGAGAUACGACGUGUUUGACCGUUGUAACUGUGAGCGAUCACAUGAUAACACGAUGGAUGAUGGUGAAUGUGCCGUGAUGUGUGAUUCAUUUCUACGAUUUCUCGAUCAUAUGAAUAAAAUCAAAAGAAACCAUUCACAAACUUCUCGGAAAUCUUGGAGAAAUCAGUGUAGCUCGGCAGUGCACAUCAAGUCAAUUCAAUCGUCACCAACACCCACGCAAAUAAUUUCAUCAACGCAAACCACCCCCACCCCUCCCACACGCUCAAGCACACCAUCCAGUGGUCAAUCUACUCCAUUGCGACAAGAUGAAGUUACAACUCCUCCUGUUAUCAGUGGGAGGUUGUUGCAAGGAGUUGACGCCCAGCCAGUGCCACUUCAUCUCAAAUCUGGCAGUGAUAAUGGUUCUUCAAGUUCUGGGAAUUCUCCGAUUCAGAAACUCACUGUACAUUCUGAGCCCGUAGAUAUUGUGAAAGGAAUGAAGGACAAACAGAAUGGCUUGAACUUCAUGGCAGAUAAUGUUGAUCUACCGAUGUUUACCUUCAUUAGUAUAGAAGCUGUGAAUUGGUGCAUUGCUAAUGUUGGUGGUUUGAUGGAUUUGAAGGAUGCUUGCUUGUUGUUAGAGUCAAUGUGCAAAUCCAAACUUCUCAUUCACGCCUCUCAAGACUCUCAAUAUCCAUUCGUAUAUGGCUAUGUGUUCUACUGCAUAAAUGAGGAAUUUAUAAACAACCAAACUUCGGAUAUUGAUGAUCCAACAAGUUAUCAGUACGGUGUCGUCUCGUAUUUGCUUCAUAACUUCCACAAACGAUGGUUUGAAGUUGAAAUAUCAAGAAAGAAUUUGAUCAAAAGUUCAACUUCGUUGCUUUUAUCUUCCUCAAACUCACAGAAAAGUGCGUUUUACACAAAACCAACUUCCUAUUCAAGUCCAAGAAGAAAAACUUUUUCCCCCGACAAAAACAACCUGGUUAAGAUCCCACUUGCCAACCAACCAGGAACAAAUAGAUGUGAAUGGUGUCAUGUCAAGUAUAAAAACAGAACAAAAGUUGGAGUUGAUACUUUUGUGUUUUGCUUUGAAUUACAAUGGUUGAUUGCAACAGCUACUUGUAUCUACAACAUGUUGCAAGUUUGGCAGAGGGAAAGCACGAGAUGUGAUUUGUAUUUAUGUCCAGUGCCAAACGAUCCAUUUGCUUUUCCAAGCAGUGAAGUAACAGGACCACUGAGGUUUCCUUUAUUUGUUCCUCUUAAUCUUCAAGCGAUGGCCAACUCUUCAUUAUUUCAAGAUUAUAAAGGGGAAGAAUACAGAGAUUUUAUAAUUUCUUGGAUGGAGGGAAUUGUGUUACGAUUUGGAUUUCUUCGGGAUAAUUUUGAAGGAACUAAUGAUUGCAAAGAAAACUUGAAAUCUCGAAGUUAUGUUCAUUUUACUGGGCAAGUGUUUGUCCAAAUACCUGUUUAUCAUCAUGUUGUUCAACGUCGAUCAGUCAGUUAUCGUAAUCGACCAUCAAAACUUAACACUGCAAAGAUGACCAAUGUAUCUGAAAACAUAUCACAAGAGGAACUUGAUUCCACCGGUUUUUACUGGUCUUCGAAUUACAUGCAAACAAAACGUUGGCGAAUCCAGUCAUUGGAUGAUUGCCAACCCCAGGAUUUGGAAAGAGAUUUUGUAAAUUUUUGCAAUAAUGCAGAUCAUCGUUUGGUUUCAUUUUUUAAGGAGUUUAAUAACGAUUUCAAAUAAAAAAAAAACAAUUUG